AUGUACGUCCCUGCACGCACAGUUGAUCUGGAGAACAUGGAAGCAUUGGAGAGUGACGGCCUGGGCGGAGAGAUAUGCGGCAAUGCCCCCACAUCUCCUCAGCCGCAUGUCUUACCUACACCCACCAAAACUGGACAGGGCAGGGCAGACAGCAAGAGGACAAGUGCCUUCGCCCGAGCCAGGAUGAGCCGAAAUGCGACGAACACAGAGGGGCCGCAACCAGCCACGCGGGCGGCGAAUGUGAUGGCAGAGGUGGUCGAGAGAGACAUUGUGGCAGCAAGUGCGCCUGUAGAACCCCCACAGUUCAGGCGUUCACCUUAUCCCAUUGCGCAGAAGCGCACGCCGGUAUGUGUAUAG